GUAGCCGGAUGAUAAAAACACUUCACUAGACGAUAACAACAGCGCUUCAUGGAAAACCGAAUAAUGGAAAACUGUUAUCUAGCGCGAGACCGUUUGUUUCCUUGGAAACCACUACCGUGACCGUUAGUUUGUUCGAUUCUUAUUUCUACGUUGACGUUUCAGACUAUUUCAGAUUAGAUCAUCUUUAAAAAAUGUCAUCAUCAGCCGACUCCACGGAGGCGUUUGACGAGGACGAGGAGGGAAAACUCUACCAACUUAUUUAUGAGCUCAAAGAGGAGAAAGGUGAGACAGAAAGGACUCCGAUGCCUCCCAGCCCAAAACAUUCACGUGUGCAUCUUGAGAUUCAUGCUGAAAGGAGGACAAACAUAGCUGAGGCUCCAAAACUGUGUCCAUUAAAGAAAGUCCAAGGCAUCAAAAAAAGUGUCCAGACCAAAGAGUCGUUACAGAAAAAGCCCUGGAAUGAACCCAAUGCAAAUGUUUCUGAUUAUUUUAACUAUGGUUUUACUGAAGAAACUUGGAAAGCCUACUGUAAGAAACAGACUAAACUACAAGCAUUUAAACGAAGCCAAAAGAUCAAAAAUACGGCUCAGAGAACUUGUGGUGGAGUCAAAGCAGGAGCGUCUGUUCCUGCUGAGAAUUUCUUCUCAGGAAAACCAUCUCCUGCAGCUUCCAGAAAGUCAAAGGCAAGUGCUGGCGUGACUAAAGGAUUCGCUGGGUCCAGGAGCAGAGGGAAAAGCAGUCCAUGUUAUCAAGCCAACAAAGCCCAGGAUGUCAUUGACUCCUCCCAUAAAGAGAACAUCUUCCCUGUUUUGGAUCAGCGCCGUAAAGCCAAAACCAGCAUUCUCUUUCCAUUUGUCCCUCCACGAUCCUUUCUUUUCCAACCAAGAUCAGCAUCAGGAUAUGGAUCUUCCUUCUGUAUGUCUGCUCUGAGCAUGUGUGCAGAAAAUGGAUGGGUUAAUGGGGGAAGCAUGGACAGGCAUCAUACAGUCCCAUCUUCCACGUCUCCCACAAGCAGACAAGCUGAUGGCUCGGAUAUGUCCUUCAAACCACUUUUCCAUUGUUCCUUAGGGAAUAACAUGCUGAGUUCAGGAUUGACUGAAACUACCAAGGCCUGGAACCGCCACAUAAGGCAAAGAAAGCACCACAGAGACAGAGAUGGAUCCAGAGAACAUGACCUUGACAAAGAAAGCAUGAGAGAGAGAAACAGAGAAAAGCAGACGUCCUCCUCACGCCACAGGAGGUCUUCCACGACACAUUCUCAUAAAUAUUCACGAGUGAAGGAGCAAACAAAGGCCAGGAGCUCCAAGGAUGAGAGCCACAGAUGCUGCAGCUUCAAAGACAUCAUGGGAGAAAACAGAAGGAAAGACAGAAGCUGGAAGCCUGACAGAGUUUCACACAGCACUCAGGGAAGCUGCAGCAGGAAAUUUGAAGAUAGGACCAUGGUAAAAGAUGCAAAAAGAAGAAAAAACAAGACGUAAAAAAACAGCUCCACAACAGACUGUGCUGACCAGGAAGAACAAUGAAAUGUUCCUGAUUUAACAGGAAAGAAUGACUUUGAUGUCAUUUUACAAUGCAAACAAUUAUUUGAUCUUUUGAACAUUUUUGAAGACUAAAGUUGAUUUUAGAGGAAAACCUCAUGAGUUUUGCAGAAAGAUUUUGUUGCUUUGCUUCAUGUCUUUUGUACUUGUGUUGUACUUGUGAAGAUACAAGUGAAAAGUUUAAACCACACAACAGGUUUUGGAACAGCUUUAUUAGUCUUUUAUGGUCAUGUACCAUCAGAUAAACUACACAGGCCGAAGCGUGACAAACAGAACCACAGGAGAUAGACCAUCCAGUGAUGCACAGGAACAGUUAUAGCUUUUUCUUUCUUAAAAGUAAGAAACUUUGUAAGGCCUCCACAAUGUCACCUAAUUAAAUGUCACUUCAACAUGUUAAGAA